AUGUGCGAAUACAGUGAUACGUCUCAGAGCACUGAUCUCUACAUCUCGGCGAAGCUGUCUAACCCUGACCAAAGGGGUAUCCUCACAACGUACACAAUGCCUCCGCCAAUUCCACUGCACAAGGGCUGGCUCGGGGAGAAAGAUACGGGUUGCCUCGGGGAUGGUGUUGGUCGUGCCUUGGCCCAUUGGGCGCUUGACGGAGCUUUAUACAUGAUCGUCCUCGGCCAGGAGUAUGGCUUGUUUCUUGGAUUUGUCUGUCGAAAUGCGUUGAAUCUUGCGCCAAGAUGGAGGUGGAUUGAUAAAGCGUGCUUCUGCUUGAUUCCGUUUGCCAUUGGGAUCUUUGUCGCCGGUGCAUGUGGCUGCUUCAGAACUGACGAACCGGUGGCUUUCUUCAUUCCCGGCGGUGCCUUGAACUGGGAUGGCAAUUAUCACGGCGAGAUCGAAACAAGACACGACUCCUUGAACCAACCGUCGAAACAGUCCUACAGGAAUCACCAUCUCACGACUAAUAACACUCGGCAUGCUACUCCUACGCUUCCGGCGUAUCCCAUCAAUACCGCCGGGCCACCGCUUUCUGCCGAAUGUCUGCAGGAACUGGAAAGAAGUGCUGUUUAUGGGUUUUUCGGGCGAAUCAGACUCGAGGCAAUCUCCUACGUCGAAUACGCGCGCCGUCUCCUCCCCGACCCUGGUAAUAGCGAUUCCGAGAUAAAUACCCUCACCGUGCCGAGUAUUGAGGAUUGUCCUGUUGAGGUCCUCAUGCUGUCGCAAAAUGAAGCUACUUCCGAAUAG